CAUGGGAGAGACUCAGGAAAACUGAGUAACUCACCAAAAUGGCCAAAGCCACCACCUUAAAUACCAUCUCCAUUUAAAGACAAGGGGGAUGUUGGGGGUAGUAGUUUUGCAUUUCAAAGGGGAGGAAGGCAAUUCACAUGGAGAUGGAAAAGCAAAUGUUUGAUAAACAAAUGUUUGCCAUGCCUUGCAAAGACAAUGGCACAUGGAGAGGAUUGGAUCAAAUGGGCCUUGCUAGAUUGCUCCCUGUUUACCACACCUGGUUCAUGUUAUACUAUAGUUACCUAUGGUGAUAGCUCCUUGCUAGAACAGGCCUUCUAUCUUAAACUAUUUUAGGCAGUCAGGGGGAAGGUCAAAGUUUCUUCCUGAGUCUUUUGUUCUUAAAAAUAAGCCAAAGAGACACAUUUUAUGGUGGCAAAUCUGAUCCCCCACAGUGAUUUCAUAGGACUGUUGUGAAGUUACAUUAAAUCAUCCAUGUAAUCUUUCCAGCCUGGCAGGAUGUGUGGUACAUACAAGUGAUCAAUAAUGUUAGCUAUUAUUUAACCCAUAUACGAAUGCCUGCAGCAGCUAGGUAACUAUGCAUAACUAGGAGUUAACUUAUUAAGUGUUAGCAUUAGUCUAGAGAAAGGUAAAUAUAGUUUUAAAAAAAACUAUGUUCCUAGAGUUAGAGGAAAAAAAUCGAAGAAGAUUAAGGAGAAUAACAUGGAGAAGAGAAUGGGAGACAAAGAAGAAGAAAAGCUCAGUAUAUGUUUAGGGAAACUUGACUUAAGAAGAAGUCGAAGAGAGCAAAUUUUGACUCAGAAAGAAUCCUAGAUAGGAUACAGGCUAAAUUACUGUAACAAAGAGACUGCGAAAAUCUAGUAGCUACAACAACGUAGAUAAUUGCACCAUUUCACACACAGCUCAGAAGGAGGUUUGUUAUAUGCAGGGUGGGUCAGGGGAGGGGGGUGACUCUAUUUCACCAGGUGGUCAAGCAGGCCCGGUUGUCUCUAUCUUAUUGGUCUACCAUCCCCUAGAGUGCUGUUUUUCUUGGAAGUACCAAGCCUGGCUGGCCAGCAUCAUGUCUGUCCUCCAGGUGUGGGAAAGAGGAUAGAGAAGAAUUAGAGAGGAAACAACUUCCUGUGUUGAGGACAUAACUCUGAAGUUGCAGGCAUUACUUCUGCUCACCUCCCCCCAGCCCCAGGGCCCCAGCAAGCUGCAAAGGAGGUGGGAAUGUAGCCCGAUUUAUCCAAAGGAAAAAGAAGAGAGUGGCUACGGGGAAAGACUGUGCCGCAGAGAGUGAGCAUCUCACUCUAGAGACAGUGACCAGCAGAGAAUGAACUCAGGACAGGAGACACCAUCACAUUGUGAGUUUCCCUUGACAAAGCAGCUCCCUUCUAGGAACCAUACAACUGUUGUUAAAUGGGUCAGGAAGAGCAGCUGUCAUUAUCCCCAUUCUACACGGACUUUUGAAGGUGUAUUAUGAGCUCAGAAUCACACAACCAGUAAGUAGUAGAGCCAAGACUCAAACUCAGGUCUUCAGACUUCUAAGUCCAUGAGCCAGUAACUGACGGAGCCGAGCCUGGUGCCUAGGGUUGCCUCCAAACGCCAGGCUCCUUCCCGCCCCACUGAAUCGCCUCGCACUCCCAUUGCUCCCUUGUCACCUCAUGGAGGAUGUGUGUGUAAAGCUAUCAACCAAGGAGAGAGGCUUCAUUCUGUGAACUGCUUUUUGCUAAUAGGAAAAUUGUAUGCCUGAUUCAACUAAAUAACUAUUUAUUAGCUAUUUAAUAUCUAUUUUCAUCUAUUAAGAGAUUCUAUUCUUGCCUUCUUUAGGAAGGUUGCCCACAAUGGUAACAUAAUCAACCUUGGGGUAAUAGUCUCUGAUCCUCAGACUGUUUUGCACCUGCGGGUUGCCUUUUGUCAGAUGAGGGGAUGUAAAAGGACAGGGAGGGUGGGGCGGGGGGAUGAGAAUUAAAUUUCUUUCUCAUGUGAAUGGGAGGAGCCCUUAAUUCCACCUCCUGAAAAACUCCAUUCAAAGCUAUCGCUGCCCCUGGACAACCACAGAGCAGGUCCGUUAGCAGGGAGCCAGCAUGGCCAACAAGUCCAAGUUUAUUGACUACAUCGAUGAAGCUCUGGAAAAAUCCAAAGAAACUGCACUUUCUCGCUUGUUUUUCACCUAUCAGGGGAUUCCUUACCCGAUCACCAUGUGUACCUCAGAAACUUUCCAAGCCUUGGACACCUUUGAAGCCAGAAGCGAUGACAUAGUGCUAGCAUCUUAUCCCAAGUGUGGUUCCAAUUGGAUCCUCCACAUCAUUAGUGAAUCAAUAUUUGCUGAUUCUAAAAAAAAGUAUGAAUAUCCAGAAUUCCCAGUUCUUGAAUGUGGGGACCCAGAAAAAUAUCAGAGAAUGAAACUGCUUCCAUCACCAAGGAUUUUGGCAACUCACCUCCAUUAUGAUAAAUUACCUGGCUCCAUCUUCAAGAAUAAAGCCAAGAUAUUGGUGAUAUUUCGAAAUCCUAAAGAUACGGCAGUAUCUUUUUUCCAUUUCCACAAUGAUGUCCCUGAUAUUCCAAGCUAUAGCUCUUGGGAUGAAUUCUUCAGACAAUUCAUGAAAGGACAAGUUUCCUGGGGAAGCUAUUUUGAUUUUGCAAUUAAUUGGAACAAACAUCUGGAUGAUGAAAACGUUAAAUUCAUAUUAUAUGAAGACCUGAAAGAGAAUCUGGCCGCUGGAAUAAAACAAAUUACUGAGUUCUUUGGAUUCUCUCUAACUGGGGAGCAGAUUCAAACGAUCUCAGCCCAGAGCACCUUCCAGGCAAUGAGAGCAAAGUCCUGGGAAACACACGGGGCGGUGGGCCCAUUCCUCUUCCGCAAAGGUGAAGUUGGUGACUGGAAAAAUCUGUUCACUGAAACUCAGAACCAGGAAAUGGAUGAAAAAUUCAAAGAGCGCUUAGCAGGCACUUCCCUAGGAGCAAAGCUGAAGUAUGAAUCAUAUUGCCAGGCUUGAUUCUGGUCAGUUCAGCAGGCCUGGAUAUUUUAUUUUCCUUAAUAAUUAUUGCAUUUAAAUAAUUAAAUAAUAACGAUCAAAUAAUGAUAAGUAAAUAACAUUUAGAUAUAAAUAUUACAAAUUUAGUAAUAAUGGUAACACCUGAAGUUUUGGGGCACAAACUUAAAUUUGUUCACUUUUUGAGGAAAGGGCAGUUUACCUGUCCGAAAGGAAUACUACUGUUAAUGUGGUUUACUGGGUUUUUAACUUCUUUCAUGCUCUGGGUGAGGAUGCUAUCAGAGACACAUCUAAAUUUGUGUUUGAUUACAGAUGAGACAGGCCUCUAAAUGGUGCACAAGUUUUUUGUCCUCUCACAAUAAUUCCUCUCUUUCUCGCUAUGGAUCAAAGCACUUGUGAUGGCUAUCUCAAACUUGCUGCUGGGGGAAAUUUAAUUCCAACUCUGCACUGAGGGGAAAUGAAUAAACUCUAUUCUAACUUGA